GAUUUUUCAUAGGCUUAUUCUCUUUUCAGACAGUAUAUAGUAUAUAGUAGUUAGAAGGUUAUGAGCCUAUUACUAUAUUUUCCUUGUGUCUGAGCACAUCUAUUAGCUUUAUUUCAAUUAUUUGAAUUGAAAUUCUUGAAAAAUAUGUGAGGAGCAUUUAUUACUUAUUUAUAGACUAUAUGAAUAGGAUAACAAAAUAUUAACAUAGUCAAAUGUAUUUGAAAAUGCAUUUAGAAAGCACUACAAUAUAUAGUUUGAAGUGUUCCCAAUUGUUUUCAGAGAUCUGACUUCCAUCUGUUGUUACGGUGUUAGAGAGCGAGAGAGAGAGAGAGAGAAAAAGAGAGAGAGAGGGAGAUCAUUUGGAGACGUAGGUGCUUCGCUCACUUGGGUUUUGGGGAGUGAACCAAACAGCCAUGGUAAUUAAAGUGUUCAUAGCAUCAUCCUCUGGAUCGACAGCGGUAAGAAAUCUUGAGUAUUGAAUUAAGAAGCAGCAGCAAGACAUCAUGGGUUUCCUAACUGUCAACAAGAUUGACUUUAAGGAGUGUGACAUCGUAACUAGUGAAGAAAACAGGAAAUGGAUGAGGGAGAACGUACCUGAGGACUUCCGACCAAUGACGGGGGUCCCCCUGCCUCCACAGAUAUUUAAUGAAGAACAUUACUGUGGGAAUUACGAGGCCUUCUUUGAUGCCCGUGAGGAGCAUGCAGUGUAUGCAUUCUUGGGCCUAACAGCCCCUCCAGGCUCCAAGGAAGCAGAGGCCUUGGCUGGACUGGAGCAACAGUAGCCUUAUGGUUUUGAUUAGCAGACCACAGUGCCCUCUCCUGUCAUCCUCCAUUCAGCUCUACAGCAGCUUGCCACUGCUCGUCUGGAAAACGUCUUCUCAGACCAAUCAUAGCUCUUUAUUUUGUUGUGAAAGGUAAUCAGAAUGGUAUCAAAUUGACCAAAUGUUGUGUUUUUUUGACAAUGUCUUUAAAGUGGUGACCUUGUACUGUUACAAUAGUUCAAGUCAAUGCUGGGCAGUAUCCCAUGUUCAAUAUCAUAUUGAAAUCAAGGCAGAAUGAGUGCCUGAAUACUAGGAAUUUAGUAGAUGACAAAGACAUGCUUUGCACAUAUGAGAAUAUUUAAUUCAAUGAGAUAUUUUUCAUGUUUGAUAAUAAAAGUGUUACUUUUACUA